AUGGUCGCCAUCUCCAUAGAGCCGGCUCCUGACGAUGGGAAACCGGCAGACAAGGUUCAUCGCGACGUGUCAGAAUAUCCGAUUUAUGACAGUAGCAGUAAGGACUGGUUCAAUUCGAAUACUUUGUCGCAAAACAACCAAGAUGUGUCCAACGCGGUACAUAUUGCCUUGGGGAAGCAACGAAACUUCUUCAAGCUAGAGUUUACAGACAACAAGGGGAAGAACAAGCGUGUCUCAGGAUAUUGCUCUCGAUGUCCCAAGGGAUGCCGUCGCCUGAUUGUGAGGACAAAAAUCGUAUUUACGCUUUUCCCUUGUGAUUCCUUGAUACGAUAUAACCGGAGCGAAUCUACGCUAGCCUCACGCAUCGAUUCCGGAAAACUUCCUAGUGAAGUUGGCAGACACCAGUGGGACGUCUCUGGCAGUGGCUCGUACGGGACCUGGGUCGACGGGACUAGCAUUGUGCAAAGUAGCUACAACGCCCGAAUUGCGCAGGAGGAGUCGGCACCGAGAUACCAGGCGUUUGAAGAACAGAACACGAGUGGAGCGGAGAUGGAUGACGCUCUGUUGAUGAAUCCUUCUGACUACUUUGGUUACAAUACGGAAGUGGCACCGUCCAAAGUUCAUUGGUCGCGAGCGCCGUCAUGGGUUGCGCCAGAUGAUCGAUCGGCUUUACAAUCCAAUCACCCAACCUCGUUCGAAAUGGAUCCCGAUGACAACUCUUUCCAUCCCGGACCUGCCGCUCAAAACAGUACUCGAAUAGUUCCUUCAGUUCCCUCGAGCGCUGUCAAGCCUGCGAAACCCGCCAAGCCAGAUGCAUCGAGAUAUGAUUGCGGCAGUAAAGACUGGUUCAAGGGGCACCAUCUAUCAGAGAAGAAUGAGAAGUUUUACUUAGCCGUACUGGCUGCCCACAACGAGAAGAAGGACGCCUUCACCAUUGCCAUUACAAACAAUAAGGGGGAGACAAAUCGUAUUUCAGGAAGGUGCUCUCAGUGUCCCAUUUGUUCUCGUUUGAUCGUGCGGAAGGUGAUCAGACGGAGAACCGGUUUCCAAUCAUAUUCGCAACCGACCGUGGAGUAUUCCAACGAGGAUAUACCAGGUGGGCAAGAAAUUCAUCUUCCUCAAUAUGAUGGCUUCGCAGAAUCUUCUGCGUCUUUGCUUUCCCCUUUGCCAAACUCCUGCGAUACGGGCAACGCGGCAUAUUCCUCAAGCUCUGUGGCCAAUAUUACAUUCCCCUAUGGUUACGAACAAAGCGCAACGCCACUCAUUCAGUACCCGUUGCCUUGGCAUGAUCAAUAUGGCAACCCCAUCCACCCUAUUCCCGGAUCAGGCAGCGAACAUGCUACAUUCGCACCGUAUAACCACGAUUUGGCCGCCCGGACCGUUCCAUCCACCGUCAUCCGCCAGGAACCAGGCUCGAAGGUUUACGAUCACGGUAGUAAGGACUGGUUCACGAAGUACAAGCACAAAAGAAUUGAGCCAGAUGACAGAGACCUGACGGAAGCCAUAAAGCAGGCUUUCAAAAAUAAGCAGAACUACUUCUACAUCCGCGAAAUGACAGUGCAAGGGGCCUGUUACCCGUGUCCGAGAGGGUGUUCCCUUAUCCUUCUUAGGAGAACAAAAUUCCGGAAUCCUCAGUGUAUAGACUGUAACGAGAAAGAGAGGCGAACCCGAAGAUAA